GAUGAGACGACCAGACUUCCAUUAGCAUUGAGAUGAUUGUCAUUGGACCCUUUCAAGAGAGCCUCUGAAGCUUCAACAUUUGCCAAGAAUACGGGGAAUAUGGAUUUCUUUCAUGCAAUUGUGGGACGUGCCUGAAAUACUGCAGGUUUUAUUAGUAUCAUUCAGUCGUUUGCGUAGUAGUCCAAUACUACGGUAUCAAAACGUUAUGCAGCUCGGCCACCAACAGUAUCACCUCUCCUCGGCCCUGCAGGUUGACGACGACUAUGCGCCGUGUGAGGAAGGUAUGAGGCAAUAUGCAAUACAAUUUGCGGAGGAAUAUCGUCUCUUCUGGAAACGACACAGGACUUUCCAAUUGAAAGGGAGAAUGGCGCCAUAUUGCCCCCGUGAGUCUCGUGCAUUUUCCAUUACGUUUCGAUUCCUCUACCCGGAGCCCAAAAGCCUCGAAAUUCACCCAGCUUCUGCUGGUCAUUCAAGUAUUACGACUCGUUUGGUUGGAUCUGAAUGUCUGAACGUCUGAAUGGAAUUCAACAAAUUCAAUGAUUGGAUAGGCGUUUCGAAAGAUGGAGCACAUAGCAGCAUUAAAUAUAUACAUGUUACCACAUGAUCUCAAAGAUUAAGGAGAAUUCGUUGUAUUACUUUACUUGGGGAAACUAAGGCUAAGACUGUGUUCAGAAAGUGUUACUCCUUUUUGAUUCACAUUUGGUGAUGUUGCAGAACGUAC